GGUUAUUCGGUGGUGCUUGUUCCUUCGGCGGCAGACUUUGCCUUUCACCUUAAAUUUAUGUCCCCAUGGCCACGUAUAAAUGGUAUAUUUGGAUUAUUCAACUUUUUAUCAUAUUGAACAUUCAAGCCUUAGUAAAUUGUGUAGACAGAGGAAACUUCAAAACAUGCGAUCAAAGUGGUUUUUGCAAGCGCCAUCGCAGUAUCACUCCUGGUCACUCCCCCUAUUACUUGGAGAUGAGCAGCUUCAAAAUCUAUGAAACUAGUCUUGAAGGUAUUAUUGUUAAUUCCCAAAAUGGUAUCCAGCUUAAAUUUGACUUAAUAGUUCUGAAAGACAACUCGAUGCGCUUCAAGAUCAAGGAACUGAAUACUAUUCGACACAGAUUUGAAGCGCGGGAAGCUCUCGUUGACAGGAUUGAAGAAUCAAAGUUAGAAGUAAUUUCUCAAGAUUCAGAGAAAAUAAUCCUUACAUUUGGUUCUAAUAAAGUUAUUCUUAAUGGCAGUCCUUUUAGAAUUGAUAUUUUUUCUGGUGAUCAACUCGUUAUAAGUGCAAAUGCUCGUGGAUUAAUGAAGUUUGAACAUUAUCGUCCAAAAUCUAAUCCGAAACCAACUGAAGAAGGAGAAGAGCAGAAUGAAAUACAACAGCAGCAGCCUCCAGUACCCCCUGAAGAAGAACAGUUUAAAGAUACACUAUGGGAGGAGACAUUCAAAGGGCAUACAGAUUCUAAACCAUAUGGUCCUUCUUCGGUUGGAAUGGAUUUUUCAUUCGUUGGAUUCAAGCAUGUUUAUGGCAUACCAGAACAUGCUGAUGUUUUCCCCUUAAGAACAACCAA